AUGCACUGGAAUUAUUUGCUUGUAUUUUUAUUUAUCGGUCAAUUAGAAACACUUGAUUUGGGUGGAAGUCGAAAAGUUCAAAAACCAAAAGAAGAUCCAAGAAGAGAAGAUGUGAACAUUGCUGUAGUUUAUCAGCACUACGCUGGACGUUCGAAAUCUUACGACAAAGCAUUCAAGGAAGUGAUCCGAAAAAUCAAUGAUGCUACUGCUGUAUCAAGUCUUCGCCGUCUAGCAACUAGAUAUAAUUUCCAGCCAGUCGAUUGUAUUCUCCCAACUGGAACGUUUUUCGUUAAAGAAGUUCUUGACUGUCUUUGCAAUAAUGUCACUUCUAACAACGUGGCUCUCAUCAUUUUCGUCACGGCGUCGGAGACUUAUGACUCAACGACAGCUGCUGAGCAAUACUUUCUGACGGCUGCUAGUUAUACAGGAAUACCGAUCAUUGCAUGGAAUGCUGAUAACGCCGGGUUCACUUUCGAGAAUGAUCUCAGUCCGUAUCGAAUUAUUCAGAUGGCUCCACCAAUUGAACAUCAAGCCAGAGCAAUGCUGGCUUUACUCCGUCGUUAUAACUGGCCGAAAUUCGGAGUCGUUACGUCUGAAAUGGCUGGGAAUGAUAGAUUUGUGACAGCGGUUCGAGAGGAGCUAGAAAGAUUUUCAAACAAAUCAACAAAGUUGUAUGAAAUGAUACAUCAUUGCCAUUUGGACACUCGGAACAAUACGGAUGUGGAUUUGAAAUUGGCUGAUGUGAAGAAGAAUCAGGCAAAAAUUAUACUUCUCUACGCGAAUGCCGCUCAAGCUGGAGCUGUAUUCGCUCAUGCUGAAAAAUUGGAUAUGAUUGGAGAAAAGUAUCUAUGGAUUGGCACUCAAUCGGUGAAAGGAACCCAAACAACAGUGAAGGCACCGGCUCAAGCCGGAAUGCUUUGUGUCAAUUUUCAUACUGUAUCGAAUGCAAUGUUUGCUCCACGAGAUGAUAUUCUUCCUCUGAUUAUUCAACUUGCUCCAAAACUGUUUGGAGCAGCACUUCUUCAACUUCGCGCCAAUGAAAUGUUCCCAAUGAAAUCGAAUGUUUCGUGUAAAAGUGAAGAUGGGGAUCCUUAUUGGGAAAAUGGGAAGUUUAUUUAUGAACACAUGAAAUCUGCAUUCGUCAAGGGGAAUCCGUUCCACGUGGACGAUGGACACGACUCGUUCUUCUAUACUUUCGAGAAAACAGGACGUCUUCGAAACUCGAUUCUUCAAAUUUCUAACUUGAGAACCAAUUCGAAAGGAGAGAAAACUUGGGAAAAAGUUGGGAUUUUUACUAAUAAUGAACUGAAAAUGGCAGAUGUUCAAUGGCCAGGAGAGAAGGCGAAUCCGCCACAAGGAACCGCUGAUAAGUUCCAUGUGAAGGUGGUUACUCUCCACGAACCGCCAUUUAUUACUGUAUCUGAUGUGGAUCCGGAUACACAGAAGUGUCCAGGAAAUCAGGGUUCGAUUUGUGAUUGGGGAGAUGUGGAGUAUACAGAUGAUGCUGGAGUCAAAAAAAACCGAACACUUCUUAAAUGUUGCUCUGGAUAUUGUGUAGAUCUUCUGAACAAACUGGCAACAGAUAUUGGAUUCACUUAUACUUUGUACAAAGUUCGCGAUGAGAAAUGGGGAUUGAAAACUGAAAAUGGAUGGAAUGGGUUGAUAGCUGAUCUGAUGCAUAACAAGGCAGAUAUGUGUGUCACUUCCUUGAAGUUAAACUCAGAACGUGCUCGUGAUAUCGAUUUUUCUCUUCCGUUUUUGGAUACUGGAAUUUCGAUAAUCGUCAAAAUCAGAAGCGGUGUUCUAUCUCCAACUGCUUUUCUGGAACCAUUCGAAUAUUCCACUUGGGUUAUCAUCCUAUUUGUAUGUAUCCAUGUGGCAGCUAUCUCGAUUUUUAUCUUCGAAUGGGUCUCUCCGUACUCAUUCAACAUGCAAAAGUAUCCACCUCCAGAACAUAAAUUUUCUCUUUUCCGAUCUUAUUGGCUUGUCUGGGCAACAUUGUUCAGUGCUAGUGUCUCUACAGACGUCCCCAAAUCUACAGUAUCUCGGCUAAUGGCUCUUGUCUGGGCAGCUUUUGGUCUCACUUUCCUGGCUGUCUACACUGCGAAUUUAGCAGCUUUUAUGAUAACCAGAGUACAAUAUUAUGAUCUCAGUGGUAUUCACGAUCCAAUGGUGAGAGAAUUCUUAAAGCCUCAGAAUAUCAGAAUUUUCUUUAAGCUCAACUUCCCGCAAGACCAAAAACCACCAUUUCGUUUUGGAACCGUUGAUGGAGGGAAUACACACGAGACAAUGAAAAGGAAUUGGCACAAAAUGCACGAAUAUGUAAAGCACAACAAGUUCUUCCGAAUGAACAUUUCUUCUGGAAUCGAGGCUGUUAAAAAUGAAGAACUCGAUGCAUUUAUAUAUGACGCUGUUGUCCUUGACUAUUGGGCAGGCAAAGAUGCAAACUGUGCAUUGAUGACAGUUGGAAAAUGGGCGAGUAUGACGGGAUAUGGCAUUGGAUUUCCAAAGAACUCUCCACAUACCGCUUUAGUGAAUCAUUAUAUGCUACAGUAUCAGCAAAAAGGAGAUUUGGAACGUCUUCAGAAUUUCUGGUUAACCGGCGCUUGUACUCCAGACAGUCACAGUCAAACUCAAUCAGCACCACUUGGAAUCGAGAACUUUCUAUCAGCAUUUGUUCUCCUGGCCGGAGGAAUUAUUGUCAGCGUUAUUGUGUUGGGUUUCGAACACUUUUAUUGCAUGCAUCUUCGAAAACCACUUCAAAAGAUUGACCCUAACGGCUGGUGUGGAAUUAUUAGCAUGGCAAUGGGAAAAUCAUUGACUUUCACUGAAGCUGUGGAUCGAGUUCAAGAAUGGAGAUCUCGAACACAAUCUUUGGCAAGCACCAAUUCCCCACAACUAAAAAGAAGACGUUCUGCUAAUUUGAAACCCAUCGAAGAUGCAGCUCCACAAGAACAAUUCCCAAGAAGAAGCCCUCGUUUUUUGCAAGUGGAAACGAAUCUCUAA